AUGGCGGAUUCCACGGUGUCAUCUGUCACCGAAAGGACUCCGAUUAAAUCUGCCGUAUACAAUGCGAAGCCUACAGAGACUGAGAAUGGACCUAGACCCGCGGAUGGAAUUACAGGACUAUAUGAAGGAAAUGUCUUCGAAGCGUCACCCGAGAAUCGUCGACAGUUGGGUGUUUUCAGCGCGACGCUGCUAAUUUUCAACCGCGUUAUUGGAACCGGUAUAUUCGCGACGCCGGGCACAAUUUUAUCUCUUUCUGGUAGCGUUGGUCUCUCACUGAUCAUGUGGGUGAUUGGUACGUUUAUUGCCAUGGCUGGAACUGCAGUGUACAUGGAAUGGGGCACGGCUAUCCCAAAAAAUGGAGGCGAGAAGAACUACCUCGAAUACGUCUACAGAAAACCCAAGUUCCUGGCGACGGCCAUGUUCGCUGCCUAUGCAUUUCUCCUAGGCUGGGCUGCCAGCAACAGCGUGGUGUUUGGCCAGUAUAUUCUCAACGCAGCUGAGAUCGAGGUCGAUCGAUGGAACCAGCGUGGUAUUGGACUGGCCUGUCUCUCAGCUGCUUUCCUCGUGCACUCCAUCGCUCUAAAAUGGGGUAUUCGUCUCCAGAAUCUGCUCGGCAUCAUCAAAUUGAUUAUUAUUUUGUUCAUUGUCGUGGCGGGCUGGGUUGCCCUUGCUGGACACACCAAGGCCGAGACGCCGCAUAACUUUCGGAAUGCGUUUGAAGGAACCAAGGGCAGUGGGUAUAGCAUUGUGAUGGCGCUAUACAAUGUCAUUUGGUCUUUUAUUGGAUACUCUAAUGCUAACUAUGCUUUGAGCGAGACGAGAAAUCCAGUUCGUACCUUGAAAAUCGCGGCACCACUUGCAAUUGGCACUGUCGGUAUUCUAUACAUGUUUGUCAACAUUGCCUAUUUUGCAGCGGUGUCGAAGGAGGAAAUGCUAGAGUCGGGCACUGUGGUUGCUGCUGUCUUCUUUGGAAACAUGUUCGGGAAGCAGGCUGAGAAAGUCAUGUCUGUCUUUGUGGCUCUCUCGGCCUUUGGCAAUGUUUUGUCAGUGCUGUUCUCACAAGGUCGAAUUGUCCAAGAGCUCGGUCGAGAGGGUGUUUUGCCCUUCUCCAAGUUCUUUGCCAGUAACUGGCCAUUCCAUUCACCAGCUGCCGGUCUGCUGGAGCACUAUAUUGUGUCGGCAAUUAUUUUGCUGGCUCCUCCACCUGGUGAUGCCUACAACUUCCUUCUCAACCUCAUCUCAUACCCGCUCUCGAUCAUCAACGUCUUUGUUUCAGGGGGCCUCAUCUAUAUCUACCUGAACAAGAGCACCAAGUACCCCAACUGGAAUCCUGGGAUCCGAGCGACGCUUCCAGUGACCGUCUUCUUUCUCUUGUCGAAUGUGUACCUGGUUAUUGCUCCCUACGUGCCCCCCGAUGCAGGCCAGAAUGUCUACGAGCAGCUGCCAUACUACUUGCACUGCGUUGUUGCUCUGGGAUUAUUUGCGCUCGGAGCUGUCUACUAUGUUGUCUGGGCUGUACUCCUACCUCGAUGGGGCGGUUAUGUGCUUGUUAAGGAGUCAGUGGUGGAUGCAGAUGGAUGGUCGCGCAGUGUGUUUACGCGAGUGCCGCAGUCUUCUGCAGCAGCGCGUUAUUAG